AUGGAUGCCGCGCUCAGCCUCGUUCGCAUCGCGCAGGAGAAGACGCCCGCCAGAUGCAUUGUUCGCUUCCCAGGCUUGCUGCGCCUCGCACUCACGGAGAAGAUGCGCACGGACUUUCAGCAGGCCGCUCAUCGCUUUCCCAGGGAAAUCCAGUUCUUGGAGGCCGAAGAGGUGCGCCAACGGUUUUCGGGCGCGCCGGAGGGCGUAUGUGGCGCGCUCAUCAGAGAUGCUGCCGUCGUGGAUACCAGCGCAUAUGUGAGGAACUUGUGGCAGGUAUGUGAGGAGAGCGGGAGGGUCCGUUGGCAAAGGGAGGAUGUGUCCAAUGUGUCGGCGCUGUUUGAGGGUGGGACCAAGGCGGAUAGGGGAGGGAUGGCAAGUAAUGGAGCCCAGUCGACGAGUUUUGAUACUGUUAUUCUUUGCGCGGGGGCGUCAAUAAAGGCCAUCAGGGGGUUUCAGAAUAUCCCCUUGACUGCGUGCAGAGGACAGAACCUCCAUCUCGAGUCCGCGAGGCCAGACGCUACGCUCGGCACGCCAGUGAUAUCUGGCAAGUACAUCGUGCCAGAAUACUUCAGUGGGAGCUCAGAUGCACAGGAUGAUGAGACAGUGGAUAGGGGGGUGCAGAGGAUCAUUGCAGGUGCAACUUUUGAAUAUAAGGACAGCGACCAGUCUGAGACGGAGUUCCUUGAAGAGUCAUGCAAAAACGAUGUCGUGCGAGCGACUUCUGAACUUGACGAACCGCUGCACCGACUUGUACCUGACUUGUAUGACGGCUGGAACAUAACUGGGAGCUCGUCAGGGACAAGAGCUCUGCCCCCUCGUUCCGUGGAAGGGUCGAUACCAAUUGCAUGCAGAGUGAGUGGGACAAGAGAGGAUGUGUCAUGUUGGGUUUUUACGGGGCUGGGGUCGAGGGGACUCUUGCACCAUGCAUAUCUGGGCAGGAUGUUGGCACAUGCAGUCGUUGCCGGCAACGAAGGCCUAAUCCCAGGUGACGCCAGGCGGUUCCCGCUCGAAAUGGGGAAAAGUCACGACUAGAUGCUGUAGAUGUCCGUGUCGCAACGGGGCUGCUGCUUGUGAUUGGAAAAAGUUGCUACAACAUUGCCUUCCGAUGCGUACCCCGCCCACCUCUUCAACUGUUUUGAAAACAAGGCCAGUACGAAAUCCCUUCCUACCCGUGACCACUAUUUACAAACCAACAUCCGUUGUCUCAAAGUACAUUCGCCCUUAAAGCCUCUAAAAUGACCUUUCCAUGUACA